UAUUCAACGGUCCGAGUGUCUCCCGCGGGAAGCGGCCCGCGAGCUCAGUGUCCGCGGCGCCCCCCAGGCCGCGCGCUCGGAGCGGGGACAGUGCGCGUGUCCGCGGCGCUACCGCCCGACCGCUGGGAGAGGAGGGGGGAGAUUGCGCGCGUCCACGGUGUUACCGCCCGACUGCUGGGAGAGGAGGGUGAGUGCGCGUGUCCGCGGCGCUACCGCCCGCUCGCUGGGAGAGGAGGGGGGAGAUUGCGCGCGUCCGCGCCGCCUGCUUUUAUCGGGCCUUCCUCGGGCGGACGCGAUGUCGUUGAUCAGGAAGAUCCGCAAGAAGGGGAGACCGGCCUCCAAGAAGGAGUGGGACAGCACCAUCAGCGACCUGAGCGUCCACCGGGCCGGCCAGGGGGAGCUGGCGUGGCGCCGGCAGACCCGCGUCUCCAAGCACCAAGCAGCAGCACAGUCGGAGCUGCGGGAGAGGGAGGCAGCGGCGGCGAGCGGCGGGCAGAGGCGGCGAGCGGAGCAGCAGCGGCCGGCCAUGGCCGAGCUGCCGCUUGAACAGUGGCAACUGCGGGACGUGUUGGCUCGGUCCGACCGCGCUCUGGCCGUGGUGCGGGAUCCGUUCGGCGACGCCCCGCGGCGCCAGGCCGGCUUCCCCAACGUGACCGUGGCCCCCGGCGGCCGGCAGCCUCCCGCCACACAGCUCAUAACGCAACACAGCGAGCAGCCCACACAGCUGUCCCUGCUCAGCGAGUCGGUGAUGGACCCGCAGGCCCUAAAUGAAGCUUCACACUGUUCAGAGUCGGGGGCAGAGUGUUCACUGCAGCAUCAGGCCGAUGGUCAGGCACUGGAGCUAAAAACUCCCGAAACCCCAAGAGUCCGGCCUCAGACAUCACCCAGCUGGACCGCAGGAGGUGCCUCAGUGGCCCACGCCAGUUUAAAUGCAACAGCGGCUAUCCAGAGAGUGAAGUCCAGAGUGGAAAGUAGAGCGGGAAAUGAUGCAGAACUAGAAGGCACAUCUCCAUUUGAAACCAUGCAGGCAAUCCGACAAGUACUCCAUCCUGGUUCAAGAAACUCUCAAAGGUGUUUUGACAUGUCAGAUGACAACUUUUGUGAUGUGCCUACCAAAAGAAUGGAAACCCGGAGGACUGAGGACAGGCAGAUGAACCUAGAGAUGCUGCAAGAAAUGAUUGAGAAAAUUGAUAAGGAACUGCUGGAAUAUGAACAUCAAGCCGGAUGCGAGGUUCCCAGCUGGUUGCCUGAGAAAGAUCGUGGUGUAACUAGUUUCACUUUCUCAUUAGUCAACUUGAUCAGCAGAUUGACCUUCUCUCUAAAAGAAUGUGGAAUUCGGCAGUGGCAGGAGAAGGAAAACCAUCAGCAACUUCUGGAAAAAUCUGACCAUCACCAAGCACUGAUUGAUGCAUUGACAGCAGAAUUUCUAACAGUACAAAAUGAAAUUGUUUCUCUGCAGGCUUACUUGCAGCAAUAUAUGAUCAAAACAGACAAAGAGUUGUACUCCCUGAAACAAAUGUUGCAUAGAUCUACUGAAGUAGAAAGAGAUAUACCAAGACAAAACAUUGCUCAUGAAGUAAAUGAAAUUGCAGUAGAAUCUGAGAGUUUGUAUCAUUGCGCUAACACUAAGAAGCAAGGCAAUGCUCUUUCAAUGGUUGUGACAAAUGUUGAAGAUGAACUUUUAAAAGGCCUGAACCAAAAGCAGCCAUCUGCUUUUCAGUACAAAGAGAAUCAGUUGGAGAAUGAAAGAAGAGGUCAGGGUUUACCUGAACAUUCAUUUAGCCCUGCCGUAUUGCUUUCUCCUCCAAGACAGAGGAAUAGCCAAAUAGCUACUGGAUCACAAAUCACAGUUAAUUUGUGUCAAGAGUGCCAUCAGUCUAGCAAUGAAAAUAAAGAAUCUAAUGGUUCCUCACAGGUUCUUAAGAAUGUUUUAGAUGUUCCACAUGGAGAAAAUGAUUUUGUAAAGCAUUUAGCAGUACUGAACCAAAUGCCAGAUUGUCAGGGUCCUGCCCAGCAAUGGAAGAUUUCUGAUGCAAUCAGUGAGCAUAAGCAGAUUAUCCAUUCACCUGUUUCCAAUUUGCCAUGUAUGCAUUUGGGAGCGUUUGAUGAUACAACAACAUGCAAUCUGAGAAAAAUGGAAGACAAUGUAGUAGCUGUAGGCAGUCAAAAUGCUUUGAAUAAUUGGCUGAAACAUCAAGCAAUGCUAACUCAAAUUACUGAGCUACAGUUGCAGAAUUCUGCUCUCAAAUCCCAACUUGGUCAGUUCAAAAUAGGUAAAUUAUCUAACCCAGCACCACAAAUUGAAAAGGUUACUCCCGCCACUUCUGAGAAUCUUGAGCAAAGGAUAGCUGAGCUCAACCAUCAGAGUGCUGAAGCACGGAGCAAACUUUUGUACCUGAUUGAACAGCAAAGACAGAUUUCCUCUGAGUCGGUGUCCCCAACAAUUUCUCCUAUUCCGCCUGAAAGCACAGCAAUAGGAACUGGCAGCAAAACAUUGGAAGUAUUGAUCCCACUCCCCAGUUGCUUGGACUCGUCUGCAGGUAGCUCACCUUCCCCAGACAGUAAAAUUGACAGAAACAGAUCCAUAGAUCACAUUAGUACAACUAGUUCCUCUCUCUAUUUGAAUAAAACUGAUGGAAAUAAGACACUUGUAACUCAAGGAACAAAACCAGAAAAACUGAAAGAAGAAGGUUGGUUUGCACUGUCUACUCACACCAUGCAAUUCUAAUGAUGGGAGAUACAUAAAUCAUAUUGAUAUUUGCUGAACAAGCAGAAAUUUUUUCAAAUUUGUAGAAAGAAAAAUGCUGGAAAUCUGAAACCGAGAAAUCACAUUUUGAAUGGACAGCAUAAGAAAUACCAACUUGGUCUAUUUUCACCCCAGAUUCUAGAAUUUUGUUUUUUGCUUGUAUAUUUUUGCUUGAUUAUUUUCAAUGGAAAUUGAUAAAAUUUAAAUUUGUGAGCCUGAAUAGUUCAAUAUUUUCAAUUCUGUUAAUUAAUCUAUAGAGACAGAAUAUAGACCAAUGAAGGUAUGUAAAGGAAAUAAAUGAUUCGUAUUGCAGUUGUUUUUAAUUCACCUGUUUAAUUUUUUUUUAAGUUGAAUGGGGGUGAUUAUUGAUCAGGACAGCAUCUUAGGCAACAGAUUGGUAAUCCAUAUUAUAUCCCACCCACAUUUAUUUCCACUGUAAAUAAACGUGUGAUGUGCUAAGUUAUUAUCAGGUCUUUCGGGAUUGGACGUUUGGCGUAUUUUUGAUGCAAAUCAGAUAUUUUUCCUUUUUCUAACCUGGAGCAAGGUGUUUGAAUCAGUGUUUGAGAAAAUUCUUUAUUUAAAAUUAUGAAUGUUAUUACAUUUUUAGAUUACAAGAGGAUUUAUAUGUCAUUAAUAAAACUUUCACAAUACAAACAGA